UAUUAGGAACUAAACAAAUCUAUUUGAUAUUUCACCAAAAGAAAAAACAAAAAAACAAUUCUAUUUGAUAUCUGAAAGAAGACUUUUUAUCAAAAAAUUAGUUAUAUAAUGAUAUAUAAUUAUAUCAUUUGCGUGUAGUCUCUGACCUUUCUUCUCUGAUCGUCAAAUCAAGAACACAAGAAAAUCACAACAACGAUGAAGAAGAAACCAACUACUCUGUUUCUUCUGCUCUCUCUCCUCACCAUCUCUCUGCUUCUCCUUCGUCUCUCCCAAACCAAAAUCAUCCACAUCACCACCACCACCACCACUACCUCCGAUUCCGAUCAUCACCACCGUUACAAACCCGCCGGACUCGGAGACGAUCCUUGUCUCGGACGCUUUGUCUAUAUCCACAAUCUACCUUCUCGAUUCAACACCGACAUACUCCAAGAUUGCGAGUCGAUUUCAAGACCAAAGGACAAAAUCAGUAUGUGUAAGUACCUCGACAACUUCGGAUUCGGACCUCUGAUCGGCGACGGAGUUUCCACCGAUUCUCAGUACUACUCUCCGAGCUGGUACGCGACUAACCAGUUCAUGCUCGAAGUGAUUUUUCACGAGAAAAUGAAGAGAUACGAGUGCUUGACGUUAAAUUCGUCUUUGGCUUCGGCUAUUUACGUACCUUAUUACGCUGGUUUAGAUUUCCGGCGAAAUCUGCGGCGGCGUAACGUCGCUGCGAGAGACGCCGCCGGGAAGGAACUUGUUAAAUGGCUCAAAAAGCAACCUCAGUGGACAGGUAUGUCAGGUAAAGACCAUUUCCUUGUAACCGGUCGGAUUUCAAGAGAUUUCCAGCGAAACUCCGACAAUAAAUCUGGAUGGGGAACCAAUUUGAUGCUCUUGCCGGAGUCACAAAACCUUUCUUUCCUCACCAUUGAGAGAAAUCCAACGAGCCACAACGAGUUCUCAAUUCCUUAUCCAACCUACUUUCACCCAAAUUCAGCCGUCGAGAUCCUCAAGUGGCAAAACAAGAUCAAGCUCACAAACAGGACAAUCCUCUUCUCAUUUGCUGGAGCUCAAAGGCCAAGCAGAAGCAAGAACGGUUUGGUUCGCACUCAAGUUAUCCAACAAUGCAAGACUUCAUCUAAAACGUGUAGGUUUCUUGACUGCGAUGUUAAAUCCAGCAGCUGCGAUGAUCCAAUCAGUCUAAUGAAGCUUUUUGAGAGCUCUGUUUUCUGCUUGCAACCGCCAGGUGAUUCGUUAACCAGAAGAUCGGUGUUUGAUUCGAUCUUGGCUGGUUGUAUUCCGGUUUUCUUUAACCAAGGAAGUGCUUACAAGCAAUAUGUAUGGCACAUACCGAGCAACAAUAGCGAUUAUUCGGUUUAUAUACCGGUUAAAGAGCUGAGAACCGGGGGAAAGAACAAAAUUCAAGAGAUUUUGCGCCGAAUACCGAACGAGAAAGUGAUUGGUAUGAGAGAAAAUGUAAUAAGAUUGGUUCCGAAGAUUAUGUAUACUAAACCAAACCGACACAAACCGGAUGGAGAGACUCUUGAAGAUGCUUUCGAUGUUGCUGUCAAGGAAGUGGUAAAGAUAAUACAAGGAACCAGGAGAGAAAUUUAAGACUGAGAAACAUAUACCAAAAAAAUAGAAUAUAGCCUACAUUUGUUAUUGUAUUUACAUAUUCAUCUCUCUUCUAGAAUGUUUCAUAUUCUUUCGAUUAAAUAGUGUAAUUUCAACUAUAGAUAAGAAAAUUUUACCAGUUGUAGAUGGAUACAAAAUACUAUGUGAAGAAAAGAAACUUCAUUAA